UCAAAAUAAGCUGAUUUUUAAUCAUCGAUUUGAAAUUAACUACUAUCAAAAACAUUCAAAACAACUCUAUUGGCAAAACAAAGCACGUUCUUUAUUUCUCUCAGUUUGUACAUUUAUUUUGGUUUUUAUUCAGUUUUUUGCUUUGAAACCAGAAAAUUUGAGUGAAACAAAAAUGGCCCAGAGCUCGGAUGGUGAUUUGUUCAAGGGAGAUCUGGAGGCUUUGGAGUUACAAAUACCGGGAGGACAGAAAGUUUCAUUCCGCGAUGAUGCAGAAGUGCUCAAAGUUUUCCAGAAUCAUCAUCCCAACUGGGGAAAGGAAGGCUGCACUUCUUCGGUUCCGAUAGAUAACCCUAACCCUAGCCCUAAAACUCCUCCACGAAUCACGAAUAGCAAGGGACAAGGAGCUUUUGGUGUCUACAAGUUGUUUUUGAAAUCCGCGGACAAAAAUCAGAAAGGUUUGAUGCUUUUUCCAAAUCUGAAUUCCAGAAAACUCGGCGUUUUUGAAAAUGCGGAUUUUCAAAUUGACCUGGUGAUUGCUCAUCCAACAAAGGGAAUAUUUGUUUUCACAACGAGUUCUGAAAAGAACAAAAACGCAGAAAUUUUACUGGACAAAAAUAACCGCAACUGCGAAUUCAUGAAAAUGCUGAUAGAUUACGGUCAUGACAAAUUAGAGGGUUCAGUCCCAAUCCAGUCAGUGAUUUGCCUACUGCAUGACGACAAAAUUCAAAAUUUUGCCUCUAUAUCGACGGAGCUAGGCGGAAAUCAACCUUGGAUCCUCCGGAAAAAUGAACUAAUGCACGAGAAUUUUGUCUCGGAAUGGAACCAAAAGAUGACCCAUCAUCCCGAUUUAAGCGAUAAAUAUCGUUUCGACGUUUUUGUGGCACGAUUAUUUGUUUUGAACAAAUAUGGAGCGUUCAGUGCUUUUUCCCGCGAACUGGACACUUUCGAGUUACAAAUGCCGGGAGCACAUAGAGUUCCUUUUCGCGACAAUGAGAAUUUGAUCAAAAUGCUUCGACUGCAGUACCCAAAUUGGGAAAAAGUUGGAAACAUAUCAUCGGUUCCAAUAGCUAGGGUUCCCAGACUCUUUUUGAAUAAUAUUCAAAUGUCUAAAAAACUUCAGGAUGAGUUCAAAUAUUUGCUAAAAGGAGAAGUCGGAGAAAUCAAAGUUUACAGAUUGCUCUUGGACGCGGUCGAUCCAAACGAGAAAGGUGUGAUGGUAUUCCCGAAUGUAAACCCCCAAGAAGUUUUCAAAACAGAAAGUGCACAAGUUGAAAUUGACACAGUUUUAGCUCACCCAACUAAGGGAUUCUUCGUGUUCAAUGUAAAAAAUCAAGGCGAAAAACUGACACCCCAGAAUAUACAAAAUGACAUUGAGCGUCAUGCUAACUUCAUACGAAUGCUGUUACAGUAUGGCCAAGAAAAAGUGGAUCCAAUUCCGAUACACUCCGUUAUUUGUCUGCUACACGAUGACAAUAAGAAAAAAAUUGACUCAAUCGCAAAAUCAGAUGGAAAAGAUAAUCGGACUUUUAUUCUCAGCAAAAGUGAGCUAACGGUAGAUAGCUUUGCAAAGCAGUGGAACCAGAACCUAGCAGAGAUUUCGAAUUUCAACCUCAACGACAAGCACUUUUUUGACGUUGCUGUAGCACGAUUGGUCGCUCUUAGCUCACUAGAAAGCUCUGCGGCAUUGAUCCAUGAGCAACUGAUUUUAAAUGACAUGCAGGCUACCAACAAAAGCAAAGGCCAAUUCUCCAAAAAAGCUAGUCAAUUUAAAGACUUUGAUCAGGAUACCAAAUCAAUUCUCGAAAGCACAUCAAAAAUCAAAAUGGCAUCAACAAAGAGAGAAACAAGAGAGAAACGAAAAAGUGCGUUUCAUAAUGUGGACAGAAGAGCAGUUGAAUAUAACAGCCAAAGUGAUGAAACAUCUGCUUAAUCCGACUGAAAACGGUUAUUUGCGACUUGUCGUGACUGGCUGCAAAGGUUCUGGCAAAACAAUGUUGAUGGUCUUCCUCGCAAGAGUUGCUGUGGAAGUGUUCAAGCUGUCUACCACAGAUUCUCAUUUUCCGUAUAAAGUUUCUGCACUCCCCGGCCUUAUUCAUUACACGCUCCUUGCAGAUAUCUUGCAGGGGCUUCUCGAGCCAUAUGGUGUAAAUUUUCUACAUCCAAUGGGAAUUUAUGAAAAAAUUUAUCGCCAUGACGACUAUACUGGAUCAGUAUUUGACGCCAUUCACAGUGUGAAAGAGCAUAUCGGAGUGCAACUAAAGAAAUCAAAGCUGAUGGUCUGCGACGAAUUUGUCAAGAUCAUGGGAAAAUCUGCGGGAAUGAACUUCAGUUAUUUGGACGAACUGGGAAAUAAUCAACAUUGUAUAUUGUUCACGUCAGAACCGCAUGUUCUGGAGCAAAUUCAAAAUCAUCAUUCUGAGUUUCGUCACAUGAAACUUUCUGUGUGUCUAAGAUCAACAAACGAGAUAGCCAAACUUGCUUGUGAUUGGGCCAGCUUUGAUUUGAGCAGAAAGAAUAGGUACAUUGAAUGCAAGUCUGGUAAUUACUUUUUUGGCGAGAAGCCCGACAUUAAUCAUGUAUCGCUCAAAUCCAGUCCAGGCUCGGAUCCGGUGUCUAGUUUUAUUGAGGAGUGUGUUUCUACAAUUAAAAACUAUGCAUAUAAGUCAGCUUACCAUUUUUUACCAGUAAUUGUUGAUUCUAUCAAGGACGAAAUAUUAGAGCAAAUUAUAGCCGGCUUAACCGUAGAAAAUCAUCCGGCAAAAAUCUUAUGUAAAAUAUACCAGUGUACCUCAGAAGAUUUUAAUCAAAUGCUUAAUAGUAAACAGCCAACAGUGUGGUUUAUCAAAGUCCUACAGGCAGAAGGCGCGGAAUUCCCUGAGGUUGUUCUGCUUAUGUGCAACAUUUACGAACUGCAAUUAGAAGCUGAUCAACCUUUUUCACGCAAAUUUUUUUCUGCCAUUACAAGAGCAUCGAGAAAAGUAGUUAUUGUUCGAAGCACCGGUUAUACUCAAAAUGACAAAGAAGAUGAAGAGAAUUUACAAAGGACUAGAAUCUGUGAAUAUUUACAAGAGAAGCUCGAUUUAUCACCAAGUUUUGCUCCCAAAAUUGUCAUCAUUGGGAUUAUUAAAAAACUUAUGGGACUCAAAAAAAUAUCGGAAGUCUAUAAAUUGAAGGUCGCUUGUCCAAAAAUAAAAUCCAUUCAGCUUUUCGAGGGACCCAAGGGUGGACUGUUUUUCCAGCUUGACGACAUCUGUAGAAAAGAAGAUGUUAAAGAACUCCACAGUUUUGGAAUUACAGACGUUAUUAUUAUGGGUGACAUUGAAAACUUCCAUUUUUCAACUUUAUCGUUUUUUCAGUUCACAGAAAUUGCGUUGAAGUCUGACCAGAUUUUCAAUAAAUUUAAAAUAUUUAAUUAUUACUGGUAUUUUUAUUAUGACUAUCUUGUUUAUAAUGCCAGUCUGAAUACUUAUCCCAUUGAAAAAGCUCAAAAACUUGAACAAUCAGCAAUAGAAACUUUUUUGGCAGGCAAAACUGGUAUCCCAACAUCUGGACCCAGCAGCAAAUGGGAGAAUUGGAAAGAAAAAGCAACUGAGCUGUAUCGUUCCAAGAGACCUUUUGAUGCAUUUAAAGCGUACAAAAACAGUGUUUUUUUUCUAGACCGAGAGAAAGAGGAUCGCAUCAAGAAAGGAGAGUUUGAAGCGGCCAUUACAGAUGAGAAAGAAAUGGCAAAGUUAAAGUCAAACCUUAGCAAAAUGUGUAUAAGUUGUUUAGUGGAAGAAGAUCAUUCUGACGAGCAAUUUGAACUCGAACAUUCUUUUGAAUCUUGUAUCCUCGAAGCACUUUCAUGCGCUUCCAGCGCAAUCGAUUUACACCCCUACUGGGCUAAAGGGUACGAACGAUUAAAAGAAGUUCAACAGAUGAUAAAUCAUAGGGAUGAAACAGGAAACAAUCAAUUUGAAAAUAUCAUUAUUUCUCUUCAAAAACUGAUAGAACAAGAUGUGGUACGGGGAGUUUUACAUGGUUUACGAGGUCAAAAGAUUGAAUUUCCAGAAAAUGUCAACGUUCUCCUGCAACUGAUGGAAAUUGAGGAGAAACGGCAGGAAUACGUAAAAGGACUCGGGCGUCUGCAACUGCAAAAUAUGAUUGAUCUUCGAAUAAUAUUGGCCGAUAGCUUCUCGAAUUUAGCGCUGGAAAGUUUCACAGCAAUAAAAAAAGCUGAGCCCACUGCGACAGACAGAAUAUUUUUUAUUCAACGAAGUGCACGUAAAAUUAAUGAGUGUACAGCUCGUUAUGCACUGGAAUCGUUGGAAUGGAAUCCGGGACAGGAUCAGAGCAGACAAAUCCUAAGCAUGGCUCUGUCGGCGUUGUCGGAUUGGUUGAAUGAGUACGAAGCACUUCUCACAACAAUAGGACAGGAAAAGUUCUACCAAUCAUUGAUUGAAGAAAUUCGCACGGAAAUUUCACUGAGCCAAGUCUCCAUCAGUGCUACAAAGGAGACACAAGUUCUAUUGAAUAUACCAGAAAAACAAUUACAAAAAGUGUCUAUGGGGAAAAAAUUCAAUAUAUGCAUACAUAGACUCAAAAAUCAGCUAACAAGAUUGCUUUCUUUAUUGCGUUCUUUAAUGGUUGAAAAUGUUGUCAGACUUUGGGGUUAUUUUGGUUUUAAUUAGUGUUUGAUCAGCCACCUUCUCCUUCUUACUUUAACAACUGAUUCUUUUGAA